AUGGAUCCAAAUUGCCCCACCCCAUUCGACCUCGGUGGGACCCCAGGGACCAACAACUGCUACUCGUCCACACCGACCGACAACUGCGGCUCCGUCGACGGCUUCGGCGUGUCCGACGAGGAGAAGAGCAUCAUCGUGGACGCUCACAACCGACUGAGGACGAACGUCGCCACCGGCCAGGAGACGCAGGGCAAUCCUGGACCUCAGCCGUCGGCCUCCAACAUGCGACGAAUGGUAUGGGACGACGGGCUGGCGGCGACAGCACAGGGCCUGGCGAACACUUGUAACUUCGCCCACGAUGACCCAAACUGCCGCACCUUCGCCUCUUCCUUCGGGUCAGCCGGUCAAAACCUCUACUGGAGUUCCGGGUACGAGGGGACGCAGGCCGAUUGGAAUUCUGCCGUUCAGGCCUGGUACGACGAAGUCGGACAAUACGACUGCAAUGCCGUUAACCCUUUCCAAUUUACGGAGGCGACGGGACAUUACACGCAAGUGGUGUGGGCAGACUCGUACGCCGUGGGAUGCGGCUACGUCGCCUACGGGGGAGGAAGCAAGCUCUACGCCUGCAACUACGGGCCGGCCGGGAACGUGAUGGGGCUGGGCAUGUAUGGCGUCGGGACGCCUUGCACCUGCUGCCAGUCCACCUGCUCCGAUGGGGUGCUCUGCGACUGAUUUCCUUUCCUUCCGUGAUUCGUCGAGCGUUGUCCUGGAUUUUCCCUCGAGGGAUACAAUAAAUCGGACUCGCAUUUCA